UUGACAGUACUUCGGUAAAAAAAUCAUUAAAAUAAAAAAAACCCUGCAUUCUGCUUUCGUGAUCAUUAAUGUCAGUGAACGGGAUUAAAAAAAAAAAAUAUAUCAAAAAUGGAACAAAAUGAUAUCGUAUCAAUUAGUGAUAACCAACUUGAGGAAUAUUUCCCAAAUCUACCUUCGGGACCAUUAGACAAAUUUAGAAAAAAUGCAUCAUUUAAUUGGCGUCGAAUGAAACUUAUCUAUGAAAACUUGAAUACGAUUGAAUUAAAAAAUGAUAUUUGGACAUUUAUGGAGACCCACCCCUUGUUCAAAUAUUCAGAUGCAACCCCAACCCUCGAUGAAGAGAGACAUAUAACCAUCAAGAGAAUGUAUGCCAUCUUCCAUGAAGAUUUUGCACCAUAUGAGAAAAUUAUUGAUGAUCCCAGAAGAUUGCAGGCUGAAUCCGAAGCUCUGUUUAUGUUUGACAGUUCGUUAGCAAUCAAGUUAUCAUUAACGUUUAGAUUGUUUUUUAACUCAAUACAAGGGAACGGCAGAUCUCAUCACUUUGAUAUCUUGGAUGAUCUCAGAGAGGGAAAGAUUGGAGGGUGUUUUGCAUUGACAGAGGUCUCGCACGGCUCAAAUGCAAAAGGAAUGAGAACAACCGCUACAUAUGUGCCUGAAAAGAAACAGUUUGUGUUGCACACACCAGAUUUUGAAGCUGCCAAAUUCUGGGUUGGAUGUCUUGGUAAAUGUGCCACCCAUGCAAUCCUAUAUGCUAAACUGAUUUCCAAGGGCAAAGAUCAUGGUCUCCACACAUUCCUUGUGCCAAUUCGGGACCCAAAAACGCUGAAGCCAUAUCCAGGGGUUAUAGUCGGUGAUAUUGGUGAGAAAAUCGGACUCAAUGGGGUUGAUAACGGAUUCGUUAUAUUUAAUAACUAUCACCUGCCGAAGGAAGCGGCUUUGGACAAAUUGGGCGGAGUUGAUGAUGAUGGUGAAUACAAAACGCCGAUCAGGGAUCCUAGCAAACGUUUCGGGGCUGCUAUGGGCAUAUUAUCCGGUGGUCGUGUCCACAUAACAGGAAUAAUAACAACAUACCUACAGAAGGCUAUCGUGAUCGCAGUCAGAUACUCCUGCGUGAGGAAGCAAUUCGGACCAGAUAACUCCACGGAGGAGCUGCCGGUGAUUGAAUAUCAGCAGCAGCAAAUCAGACUGCUGCCGUACUUGGCUGCUACAUAUGCAAUGAGAGUGUUCUCCGCCUGGCUAGGGGAGACACACGUCAACAUAGUGAUCAACAGCGCUAUGGGAACUAGCGACAAUCUGGCUGCUCAGCGUGGUAUGGAGAUGCAUGCUCUGUCAUCAGCUGUGAAGCCGGCACUGGGCUGGACCGCCCGCGACGGCAUACAGAACUGUAGAGAAGCGUGCGGUGGGCACGGAUACCUCAAAGCUUCGGGAUUAGGCGAUAUCCGGAAUGACAACGACGCGAACUGCACGUACGAAGGCGAGAACAGCCUCCUCCUGCAGCAGGCCAGCAAUUGGCUCCUGAACGUAUGGAGACGCCGCGAUGAGAUCACGGCUGACGACUCGCCGAUGGGCACCCUCGGCUUCCUGGAGAACGUGGACCGACUUCUACAGGAGAAGUGUCAGUGGAACACUAUUGAUGAGAUGAUUGAACCCAGCAAUAUAAUUCAUAUGUACAAAUGGCUGACUGCAUACACCCUAAAGAUGACGUACGAGAAAGUCUCCAAACUCAAGGAAGAGGGCAGAGACAACUUCCAGGCUAAGAACGACUCGCAGGCGUAUAAUGCAGUCACACUGUCUGUUGUUUAUGGAGAGAACCAUGUACUAAAUCAUUUCUACAACACAGUGAAGAUAUUCGAAGAUGUCUCAUGCAGGCGUGUUCUACUGAGGCUGGUAUCACUGUACGGCGCGUUUAUAUUGGAAAAACAUCUGGCAACAUUGUAUAUUGGAGGAUACUUGUCUGGGCCCCAGGGUCUGCUCCUCCGGGACGGCAUCCUGCGGUUGUGUUCCCAGGUUGCGCCCGAUGCAGUCGCUCUGGUGGAUACUCUGGCCCCUCCGGACUGGUGCCUUAAGUCUGUUCUUGGAAAAUCGGAUGGAGAGGCGUAUAAACAUAUCCAGAGCAGCGUGAUGACCUACCCUGGUGCUUUGGAGAGGCCGGAGUGGUGGAAGGACGUUGUCUACUGGCGAUCGUACACACCCGCCAAACUCUAAAUUGUACAUCUACAUCUUGUAGCCAAUGUCUUGUUUCGUUUCUUUUGUUUUAUGUAUAUAU